UGUAUGUUGGUGUUGGUAUGUUGGUCGGCCAAUACGCCAAGUAUGUAAUUGAAUUAUAAGGUUGAGAAACAGCAUUAAGGAACCAGUUUGUUACAAACAUUUGUUGCGAGUGCACGCUUCUUGUGGUUUUGUAUCGAGAAAAUAAUAAUGGGUUCCGCUACUAUCCUGCUGUCUGUCGUGGCCGUGGUGCUGAUGGUGUCCUACACUGAAGCUGCUGGCAACUGCCCCCUUCCGUCGAAGGUGUACGGCUGCAGCCCCAAGUGCGUGCAGGACUACGAGUGCACCCACGGCAAGGUGUGCUGCUCCAACUCCUGCAACGCCAAGUCCUGCACCGAGCCUGCCGCUAACGGCGCUGGGUCCCACAGCUCCAACAAAUACCAGUCGGGUGGAGCCGGCCAGUACUGCGACAAUGUGAAGUGCAAUUCCUUCGAAGUGUGCAAGAUGGACCCCACCACUAAACGCCUGAAGUGCAGCAGACCCUAAGACUGUUUGUUUGUUUGUUAAUCUAUUAUUCUACAUAAGUACUCAAAUAUACUCAAUAAAACUCUAUCUCUAUUAAA